AUGGAUAAUUUAACAAGAGAUCCUUCUAUUUCAUUGUAUUUGUUGGAUGAUAGAGAAAAAGAUCAACUAAGAGUAUUCAGCUUAAAAUCAGCCAACUAUCCACGAUUGGAAUUAUGCACUACUUCAGAUCAGAUUUCAGCAGACCAAGCUCCACUAGAUCAAGCUCCACCAGAUCAGUCAUUAACAUCAGAACUGCAGCAAAUUGUCAAUAGUCAAAAAGAAAAUCUGGUUAAAGCUGUUGAUGGGGUAAUAUGCUUCCAGGUAAUAUCUACUGUUGAUCAACAACUUAAGUAUUCCUGGGUACUGGAUUUGAAGCAAGGCGAAUUUAGGGAUGGUAAAGAUGAGAAUGCUGAUUGCACUAUUACGUUUACUUCGAAAAAACCAGAAAAGAUACAAUCAGGCCAGUGGAGAGAUCGAUUGUUAUACGAUUCACUAAUUUUAAAUUUGUGCUUGGGUCUACAAAAGUGUGUAGCUUAUUUCAAGAAAUCCAUAUUGAAAUCAUCAUGGAAUAUUACUGGUGACGAAAGUGUCUUUCGUCGUUUAUUGCGGGUAUUGAUUAAUAAUCGAUUCAAUAUGCCCUCAUUUCUAAGUGGAUUCUUAACCGAUUUUUUCGGUGUUAUUAUUAAGUUAAAAAUUAAAUCCAAACUCUAG